UAGAUAAACCCCCCCAACCCAACCCUCUCACGAAUAUCUCAAACUCAAAAGCAUCAGUCUUGAGAGAGAGAGAGAGGCUUUGAUCCCCACCACCACGACGGGAACCACCCACACGAGCGGUUCUCGAAGUGCAUGCACAACAGCAGCACUGACUUUCCUGCUUUCCAAACAAUCCCACCGCCCCAUUUUUCUAUUUGAGAGAGAGAGGAGAGAGAGAUGAUGAUAUCAGUCUCAAAAUAAGCACCCUGGCUCUCCAAGAGGAGGAGAGAAUCAAAGUUCAACCGUGUGGUUUUUUGUUUAUUUCUUUCUCCCAAACAAAACCCAUUUCUUUGUUUCCUGUUCCCAUUUCUUGUUUAAUCGAUUUUCUUCUGAUUUCUGCUUUUUCUCUUGCAUUUUCUCUCUCUUUCUUUCCUGCCAAACAGACCCUUGUUGGAGUGAGUGAUCUCACAGAUAGAGUGUGAUAUAAUAGAAGAAAGCCCAGGUCCUGGUUUCUGUUGUCCUGCCUUGUGGCAUUGCACUUUUUCUGUUUGAUUAGAAAGACCACCCCAAGUUUUCUGCUUUUUUUCUUCUUCCAUUUUCAUUGAUUCUGCAUUUUGGGUUUUUACCCUUCUGAUUUUCUGUUUGGUGGGUUAGUUUUCCAACUGAGAGGUACUGAUGGCGUUUCGACAUCUGAUGAGUGAUUGUGAUGGUUUUACCAGAUACCAAGAUUUGAACUUUUUGCCACCACCUCCUGUUUCUAAUCAACUUUCUCUCUCAAACAUCUUUGGUGGUUCUUCUACUUCUGCAAUGGGGGUUGUGCCUUUCAGUCCCUCAUCAUCCCAACAAACCAACAAACCAUGGAGUUUUCAGGCUUUGGAAAAUGGGGGACCAAAAAAUAUAAGUGAUCUUGGUGUGCUUUCUGGGGUUGAUCAGAAAAGACCCACGCCUUUGAAUUUGAAUCUUGUUGGAGAGGAAGAUGAUGAUGAAGGUAGGAGUCCUGCUGGUGGGAGAACUAGUGCUAAGAGUUGUAUCAGAGGCCAUUGGAGACCAGCUGAAGAUUCAAAGCUCAAAGAACUUGUGGGACAAUAUGGUCCUCAAAACUGGAACGUUAUAGCUGAGCAUCUUGAUGGUAGAUCAGGGAAGAGUUGCAGAUUGAGGUGGUUCAACCAGCUAGAUCCAAGGAUCAACAGAGGGGCAUUCAGUGAGGAGGAAGAAGAAAGGCUGCUGGCAGCCCACAGACUCUAUGGCAACAAAUGGGCAAUGAUUGCAAGGCUUUUCCCUGGAAGGACUGACAAUGCUGUGAAGAACCAUUGGCAUGUGAUCAUGGCCAGAAGACACAGAGAGCAAUCCAAUGUUUUCAAGAGGAGAAAGCCCUCUUCUCCUCCACCUCCUUCCCCUCUUCCUCAUGUGGUUGCUAAUUUCCCAAAGAAUCCUUCCACCAGUACUGAAUCAACCGUCUCAAUAAGCACCAUCAAUGAUGACAGCACUCAGUCUGCCUCAACAUGCACUGAUCUCUCCCUCACUCCCUCAAACAAACCCCCUCCCACCUUUUUCUCCAAGUUCCACCCUUUUCAUCGCCCCCAAAUCAUUGGAUCACCUAUGGGCCCAUCAUCAAGUGAUGGGGGAUUUAACAAGAUGAUUGGUAGCAAUGGUAAUGGUUUCUGCAAGAGCACUGGGCCAGUGAGAGGAGUUGGAGCAGCAGCUGCAGCUAUGAAGGGUGUGGACAAUUCCGGUCAUCAAUCAGAUUCAGAAAUUUCUGGGGACGAGUCAGUCACCACCACUAGGACCAAUCUGUCAUUAUCUGGGGAAGAUCAAGAUCUGCAUCAUGAGAAGACCACCACCAUCCAUUUCAUUGAUUUCCUUGGAGUAGGCACUGCUUAAAAAACCGAUGGUGGUUUUGAGCUAGCAGAAGCGGAUUUUCUAGUGUGCUUCGGGAUAUUCAGAAAAAAAGCCUUAAACUUUAGUAAAAGCACAAGAGCUUAAACUCUGCGAUGUGGUAAAAGUAGGUCUGCAGAUUAGAGGGGGGCAUCAUCUCUACAGUCUUUGUGUACAGUAAGUUAUAUAAGGCAUAAGGGAAACUACAGUGAAACCAGGUAAAAAUUCAGGGGAGGGAGAGAGAAAUAUUUAAGAGUGGGUUAAAAGUGAAAGUCUCUGGAUGUUUGUGUUCUGUGGCAUUAUGUACACAAAGUUGCUUCCUACAGGCUACUUGCUGACUCAAAUCAAUGUAUGGACCUGCCCAUGUUUUUCAUGACUAGUGUUUUGAAUGUCAAUUUUGUCAAUGUCAUAUUUGAGUUUUGGUGUUA